AACUGCUUUAUCUGGUUCUACUGUACGAUGCUCGUGAACGCUCUUAUAAAAACCGUUCUCCGUCGCAUCGAGAAUUCAGUAGCUUCACAGCAGCGACAGGAAGACCAAGCAAUCUGGGCUGAAUACGUCCUAGCUUUCGGUUCGUAGUACUAAAAAUUUAAAGUGCGGAGUAGCUGAUAAGCGCGGCUUGACCCGGAAAAGGCGCCAAAGAUGGGGGGAUGCAAAAUAACAGUGUUAUUGCUGGUCAUGAUGUUGUGGCUACCCCAUGGACUCUCCAUGGGCAAUACCUGCUCGGCAUCUGUGCUAGAGGCGCGCAGGUUUUUCGAGCUGCAAAAUGAACAACUGCGGAGGCGUUUCCACGAGGAAUUCCUGUCGGGCUACAACUACAACACCAAUGUGACGGAGGCGAACCGCCAGGCCAUGAUCGAAGUGUAUGUCCGCAAUGCGGAGCUCAAUAAGCGCCUGGCGCAGGAGAUAAAGGCAUCCGAUUACAUUCAGUCCGAGGAUGCGGAUAUACGACGACAGGCCGACCACCUCUCCAAACUGGGAGCAUCUGCCCUGAAUGCCGACGACUACCUGACCCUGCAGAAUGCCAUCAGCUCGAUGCAGACGAACUAUGCAACCACCACCGUGUGUUCCUACACCAAUCGCAGUGAUUGCUCCCUCACCCUGGAGCCGCACAUCCAGGAGCGUCUGUCCCACAGCCGUGAUCCUGCCGAACUGGCCUGGUAUUGGCGGGAGUGGCACGAUAAGUCCGGAACUCCCAUGCGGGAGAACUUCGCCGAGUACGUGCGUCUGACGCGCAAGGCAUCGCAACUGAAUGGUCACCGCUCCUAUGCCGACUACUGGGUGCAGUUCUACGAGGACCCGGACUUUGAGCGACAACUGGAUGCCACAUUUAAGCAGCUGCUGCCCUUCUACCGCCAGCUCCACGGCUACGUUCGCUAUCGUUUGCGGCAGCACUAUGGUCCGGAUGUGAUGCCGGCGGAGGGUAACAUUCCCAUAAGCCUCCUGGGCAACAUGUGGGGUCAGUCGUGGAACGAGCUGCUCGAUUUGUUCACUCCCUAUCCGGAGAAGCCGUUUGUGGAUGUAAAGGCCGAAAUGGAGAAGCAGGGAUACACGGUGCAGAAGCUGUUUGAGCUGGGUGAUCAGUUCUUCCAGUCGCUCGGCAUGCGCGCCCUGCCUUCCAGUUUCUGGAAUCUGAGUGUGCUCACCCGUCCCGACGAUCGUCAGGUGGUUUGCCACGCCUCCGCCUGGGACUUUUACCAGGACAGCGAUGUGCGGAUCAAGAUGUGCACCGAAGUGGACACCCACUACUUCUAUGUAGUGCAUCAUGAGUUAGGACACAUCCAGUACUAUCUGCAAUACGAGCAACAGCCGGCUGUCUACCGGGGAGCCCCCAAUCCCGGCUUCCAUGAAGCUGUGGGCGAUGUGAUAGCCCUAUCGGUGAUGUCGGCAAAGCACUUGAAGGCCAUUGGGCUGAUCGAAAAUGGUAGACUAGACGAAAAGAGUCGAAUCAAUCAGCUGUUCAAGCAGGCUCUCUCCAAGAUUGUCUUCCUGCCCUUUGGCUACGCCGUGGAUAAGUACCGCUAUGCCGUUUUUCGCAAUGAAUUAGAUGAGUCGCAAUGGAACUGCGGCUUCUGGCAGAUGCGAUCCGAGUUUGGCGGCGUCGAGCCACCAGUAUUCCGCACCGAAAAAGACUUUGACCCGCCCGCCAAGUACCACAUCGAUGCAGAUGUGGAGUACCUGCGCUACUUUGCCGCCCACAUCUUCCAGUUUCAGUUCCACAAGGCCCUGUGCCGUAAGGCCGGCCAAUAUGAGCCUAACAGCAGUCGCCUGACUCUGGACAACUGUGAUAUCUUCGGAAGCAAGGCAGCCGGACGAUCACUGAGCCAGUUCCUCUCAAAGGGCAACUCCCGCCAUUGGAAGGAGGUACUGGAGGAGUUCACGGGCGAAACCGAAAUGGACCCAGCCGCUCUGCUGGAGUACUUUGAGCCGCUCUACCAGUGGCUUAAGCAGGAGAACAGUCGCUUGGGCGUGCCAUUGGGUUGGGGACCAACAGACAAAAUCCCAUCUGAUUGCUGUGGAACAUUCAGCACCUAGACUGAGCCAUCCGCAACUUGACUUGAGGUUAUAAGGACCCGCAAAAAAUAUUUGGUUUAGUCUGUCAUGAACAAACAAAAUAAACUUGAUAAGAGUGAUAAUUAAUUCUACAUAUGCGCAUUGAUAUUUAAAUUGAUAUUUAUUGUAUCGAUUCAUUCGUAUCGUUUCUUUCGUUUCAUUAAUAAAUUGCCAUUACAUAAUACACUU